UACUUUGAGUACUUUGGCCCUGACUUCAAGCUUCACAUCAGCCCGUCUAACAUGACCAACCAGAACACCAAUGAUUACCUGGAGAAGAUCAAAUGUGAAAGAGGAGAAAGAGACAGAGGAGAAGAUGGACACAACAGGGCCAACAGAAGAAACUAAGACGUCUUGAAGCAGAAGAUGUGCAAUCGAAAUGGACUGUAAAUUAUUCUCUUAACACAGUUUUAGUAUUUCCUCAAAUGUUUYAGCCUGUGUCAGUGUUGAAGAGCACUUUUUUUGUUUUGUUACUCAUGUCUCUGCCACCUAUUUAAAUGUUUUGACCGUGUGUUUAGUUAUGGAGCCUGAGAAUCAGUAGGGUCCUUUUCAAGUCUCAAAAACCUGGUAGGGAUUCAAUCCAAGGCUAUAGAGCACACUACUCUCUAACAGACGGUUACCGUAGAGGGAAAAACGCCUUUACUGAAGGUGUGUUGUCRGCUGUCUAGUGCACUGCUCUAACAGGGCUCUGAUUGAAUUCCUACCUUUUCACUGACCUGAGGUAACUAGAUGAAAGCAAAUCCCCCCCCUGAUAAGACUGAGGCCAUACUGAUUUCACAGUUCUCAGAUCAGUCCAGAAGGAGUCCACUUUCAAACAUUCCCAGUUGAACAAUAGUCACCAUCUCGAAAUGUUGUGUUUUCCACUUCUCCCAGGUUGUUUGACUCCUUCCUUUACCUUGUUUUAUAUUAACAAAAUGUUGAAAUGUCUUUUUAUUAGGGCAGGGUUUCCCCAACUGGCAGGCUGAUCGUUCCCCCCCAAUUGAUUUUAAUUCAUUGUUGGACAUAAGACUGUAAAAACACAAAGUAUUCCCACGUAAGAUGCAAUGUUUUGAAAUUGUUUUAGUCAAAUUCAGUUUGCAAAAAAAAAACAGUCUAGAAAGUAAUGCUCCCAGGAACAACCCAGGCUGUGUUCAGCUUCCCCAUCAAGGAAACCCCCAGCCUACACCGUGGGGAACCAGCUCGCGUUUUAAAACCCCUGCUAUUUUCUACUGUAAGGUGACAUAUGGUGCUUGGUUGUGAAAUGUGCAUAUAACUUGUUUUAUAUAGAAGGGGAAAAUACAUUUCUCAUUCACUAUGUACUUUUUUUUUGUUCUAAAUAACAUGUUCUUUGAAAAUGAUAAAAGGCAAUCAUUUGGUUUAUCUAGACAACUUUACAGUUCAUUUCCAACCUUUUUAAAGAAACGUUUGUCAAUUUUCCAUGCAAGUAUAAAACUGAUGUUGCCCAUUAAAAAGCUGUGAUGAGUGCAUACCUCUUGCGGUUAAACCCCCACCAUUAAACAGCUGAUCGUUUUGUCACAAUUAAACUGGGUGGUUCGAGCCCUGAUUUGGCUGA